CACCAGGACACCUGGGUUUCUCUCUUGGGGUGGCUCGGGGCAGGGGGGACAGGCUGAUGGAGCAGCAGGGUCUCCAUGCUCCUCCUCCACCACAGGAUGCAGGUGCCCACAGGCAGCACCACACUCAGGUUUCCCCGCAGGACCGGGGCACCCCACACAGCUGGGGUUGGCCCAUUCUGUGAUUUCAGCCCAGAGGCUCUGGGGGUCCUGGCUGUCCCCCACCCAGGGCAGGGGGUGGGUUGGGAUCCAGCUGGGAUCCCCUGAGAGCGGCUCAUGUCUCAAAUUUGGGGCUCUCCAGUCCUUGUGCCAUGCUGGAGGGACAGCCCCGGGCUGGGAAGGGCUGCAGGGAUGAGGGGACCCUGGACCCAGGCACACAGCUGGGAGAAGCCAGAGGUGUCCCACCGUGCCCACCACUGGCACCCGUCAUCCUCCAGCAGCGCUGUGACCACCCCAAGUGGUCCAUGACCAUCCUGCCCAUGGAGGGACAAGGGGAGGGAAGUGCCACCACCUGCCCCAGCCAUCCUCGGGCACGGGGCUGGGACAGCGAUGCCGUGUCCUGAACCCAGCAGCACCGGGAUGCCAGAGGGGGUGUCUCGGGGCGCCGGCUUGCCCCACCACGAUACCCUCUCACCCCGCCGGGGCGGGCCGGCAGUUCCUGCCCCACCGGCAACACACACCGUAAUUAGCGCAGGUAGGGCGGAAGCAUCAGUGAUAAUUGGCGGUGACUCGUUAAGGCUGGAGCGCCGCGUGCCCAGGGUGCGGCAGGACUUUCCAGCAGGGCUGGUCUGCGGGGCCGGCUGGCAUCCCGGUGCGCUGGCUACCGCCCAACCAUGCGGGGCCCGGCCGGCUCCCCACUGCCGGUGCGGGGCCGGGGCUGGGUGCGGGGGCGAGUGCUGUCAUCGCCUUCGCUGCGUGCUGCUGCACGCCCCGGCCCCGCCACCCUUCUGACAGAGUCACCGCUGUCGGCCGGCGUCGGGGUGCUGCCGGCACAGACGGUGAAAGCACGGGGACCGGGCGGAGGUGAGCAAAGGAGAAGCAGAAAGCAGGGGGGAGAAGAAGGGUGCCAGAGGGCCCUUCCGCUGGCCAGGCUUUCCCCAUAGGCUUCCCGUAGCACCUACGUGACCCCAGGAGAGGGGACUGGACGUGCCCCGUGCCCUCGCAGGGGCGGGCGCCUCUGGCACCAUGAACCGGAUCACGGUGUACGAGCGUGCCAACUUCGAGGGGCUGAGCCGGGAGUUCACCUGCGACGUGCCCGACCUGCACGAGAUGGAUUUCGGGAACUGCAUCGCCUCUCUGAAGGUGGUGGGGCAGCCCUGGAUCGCCUACACGGACCCCAAGUACGAGGGGGAGCCGCACGCCUUCGAGGAGGGCGAGUACCCAUCCGUGGGGCGACCCAACAGCUUCUCGGCACUGCGGCUCGUGCACCACGACCUGGGGGACCCCCAGAUCACCCUCUAUGAGCGCCCCAACUUCCAAGGUGCCUGCAAAGUGGUGACGGAGGAGACCAACCUGGCGUAUGGGUACUUCAACGACCGGGUGGCCUCCCAUGUGGUGCAGCGGGGAGUCUGGCUGCUCUACCAGCACCCCAGCCGGGGCGGUUGGCACUGCCUGGCAUGGCCCGGCGAGCGCCUCGCCGACUACAAACUUGAGCUGAACUUCCAGGCUCGGCUGUCCCACCUGCGCCCGCUGCGGCCCGGGCGGCCCCUGGUCUCGGCACGUCUCCUCUGGGAGCAGAAGCGGGUGGAGGAAGAGCGGGAGGUGCUGGUGGAUGAGAUUGAGGGGGUGAACGAGACGGAGUCGGAGCAGACGCUGGCGGCCAGCAGCAGCCGGGAGUACGUCACCACACUCUGGCAGAGCUUCCACUUCAGCAACGCCACCAGCCUCAAAGCCGGGCUCUCCUUCACACUGGCCGUGGAAGCCUCCAACAUCUUCACGGUGCAGAAAGGGCGCAGCGAAUCCAGCACCCGCCGGGAACGCGUGGAGGUGCAGCUGCCGGCCAAGAUCCCCCCGCGCACGGCACUCAGCAUCCAGGUCUUGCGGAAGGAGGUGACGCUCUCCGUCCCGGUCCUCCUCACCAUCACCCAGAACGAAGCUGUUCGGACGGAGACGGGCGAGUACCGCAGCAUCUCGGGUACCAACAUCAGUGCCCGCUAUAGCCUGAAGCCUCUGCCGGCUGCAGGCGGGGAGCAGGCAGCCACUAAGGGGACAGAGACAAUACCUGGCACCGGGAAGGAGCUGUAGCUCCAUCCUGGUGCUGGGCAUUACGUCUGUCCCCUCAGGAGUGUGCGGCCCCCGGGGAUGCCCAUGCUGCCUCCCCAGUCCGCCCCUGAAGGAGCCAGGAUCAAAGGGCUCCAGCUGGAGGUGCCUCCUCCUGCCGGGUAUUAACAAUAAAGCCCCUUCCCCAACUG